UUAAUAAAUUAAUAGUUGAAAUUAGUACAGGGGAGCCGUGCUAAGUCUUUGUUCACAAGUGAUCAACAGCUAUUCAGUUAGGCACUAGGUGAGGCUUAACUGAGAUUCACAAGUGAGGGAAUUGUUUGCCGUCAGUCUUGGCUGCACCUGUCGAGGGCCUAUAAUAAGACCUGCCUCCAUGCACACAACUCACUUCACUGGUUGAUUAGCCAUCGUGUAGGUCAGUCAGUACAAGAACCUUCUCGUCCGUGCGUGGAACUCUUCUUAAUACUCAACAUUCGACUCCUCUUCUUCACUAUAUACACAAUAUUCAGCUUCAGUCUUAAACCACUGUAAAAUGCCUCGAUCAUUCCUUAUCAAGAAAAAGGAAUUCAAGAAGCCUUGCUACAAUUCUUUUGAAAUGGUCGCACACACUCCACCGACAAUUGAGGACAUGGUAAACCGUGGAUAUGCCGUCAAGUUUCUUGUUCCAAGUCCAGAGCUAAUGGAACCUAUUCGAAUAAAGGAGCAAGUACCAGUGGUAGUUGUCCCCCAGGCUCCUCUAGAAACAGUUGAUCAUUCGUGGGCGACAAAGGCAACAAAAAGGAGUAGCUCACCAAAUGACUUAGAGUCCCCAAAAGAAGAAAAAGAGAUGGAUAAUGGCGAUAAGCCAUACACCUGUCAACAUUGCAGUAAAGUCUUCACGCGUUCAUGGAAUUUCCAGCGUCAUGUUCUCAUUCACACUGGACAGAAACCCUACAAGUGCCAAAAAUGUCCCAAAGCCUUCGCUCUGGCUGCGCACUUAAAGAUCCACAACAGAAUUCACACAGGAGAGAAACCCUACACCUGUAACAUUUGCUGCCGCGGAUUUGCGCAACUAACAAACCUGCAGCGGCAUAUUCUCACACAUACCGGAGAAAAGCCACACAAGUGCACCUACUGCCCCAAAGCCUUCGUCAGCUCAAGUGACUUGAGGAGACAUGUACGCAUUCACACUGGAGAAAGGCCUUACAAGUGUAAACAGUGUUCCAAGGCCUUCACAACCUCGGGCAACCUUCAAUCACACAUUUUGACUCAUACAGGAGAAAAGCCUUACAAGUGCAGCAUCUGCAACUGGAAGUUCAUCAGUUCGAGCAAUCUUCGUACUCACAUUCGUAUACAUCAUUCGUAUUACACUGACAAGGCUGCAAACCAAACACAGCAGUCUCAACAGAACGGAUCUAACCACUCUAAGGACCAAGAAAAAACCAGAGACAAUAUGCCAUUUAAGAGUUUAAUGGACUCUCAAUCGGAGCACGUUUAUUCCUAUUAAGAAUAAAAUAAUCCAGAUUACAUGUCUAUAUAUAUGAAAUGGUAAAAUUUUCAAAUAAUAUAUGUAUUAUACUUAUAUAUACAUAUAUAAAAUUAUGAUCUCUAUAUGUUUAUAUUUAUACAUAGUUAAWUAUAAGGCCGGUUUGUAAAGACUAAUGCCGGGCUUGAAAAUUAUUUUAAGAAAAUGUUGAGUAUUAAGAAAUUGAAACUGAUAACAAAAUUUGUUGAUAUAAAAACUAUUCUUCCAACGUGAAGAGUGUUUAAAAUAGAAUUGAGAAAUUAUGGGUGCGUAUAUUAUAUAAAGCUUUUUUCCAUGUUCUUCCAACGUGAAGAGUGUUUAAAAUAGAAUUGAGAAAUUAUGGGUACGUAUAUUAUGUAAAGCUUUUUUCCAUGUUCUUCCAACGUGAAGAGUGUUUAAAGUAGAGUUUGGAAAUUAUGGGUACGUAUAUUAUGUAAAGUUUUUUUCCAUGUUUGGGUUGGUAGAUAGUGAGAGAAUACUAGUAGCGGUAUGAUUAAGUUGUAGCGAACUAGUCAUUUGGUCGCUUAGACAUGGCAGCUGCUAAAGAGUUGAUUAAAGCUCGGUAAACCAAGCUGUUAAUUACUCAAUGAAUAUAAAUAAACAAAAAUUAAAUUAAA